AUGGCUUUCUUUGUAAAAAGUAUGAUAAGUAACCAGGUGAAGAAUUUAGGAUUUGGAGGUGGGGCUGAAGAAAAAAAUGAAGAAGGAGGCACAUCCGACCCAGCAGCAGCUCAAGGGAUGACUAGAGAGGAGUACGAGGAAUUCCAAAAGCAGAUGAUUGAGGAGAAGAUGGAGAGAGAUGCUUCAUUUACACAAAAAAAGGCAGAAAGGGCAUGCCUCAGAGUCCACCUCAGGGAGAAGUACAGGCUCCCCAAGAGUGAAACGGAUGAGACUCAAAUCCAGAUGGCUGGGGAUGAUGUGGAUUUACCUGAAGAUCUUCGGAAAAUGGUAGAUGAAGAUCAAGAAGAGGAAGAAGAUAAGGAUUCUAUUCUUGGGCAGUUACAGAAUCUCCAAAACAUGGACUUGGAUACCAUAAAGGAAAAGGCCCAGGCCACCUUCAUGGAAAUCAGGCAGUCAGCGGAGCAGAAAUGUUCUGUGAUGUGAGGGGCAGGUGGGUUAGGAGAGGGAAACAGCCACCAGCAGGAAGACCUGGUUCCUGGGGGACACUUUGGGCAGCAUGUAUUCUAAUGUAGUGAACACCAUCAGCAAAACCAUGAUGAUAAUGGUGUCUAUAAACACACAGACAAUAAUUUGGUUAUUCUAAAUGUUUCUGGAAGAGCAUCUAGCUAGCCCCUGCAGCAGGAAACAUACUUUCCUUUUAGUUACAGGUGUAACUAUGAAAUUUCAACCAUAAAUCAUGAUG